AUGCCCUACUCCAACCAGAUGCGUCAACCACGCAGCAACCAGCGGACAUUGGCCUUGGGUCUUCUUCUCGGCGUCGUCUUUCUCUACUUCCUCUACAGCAUCGGGAACACCUCCACAAGUCCUUCCGAAUUGCGCCAGCGAAAGUCGAAUGCCGCAGCGGACAAUCCUCUUUCACCUCCCACAUCUGCCUUCCGCAAGCAACCUGACUCCUCCAGAUCUCACAAUGGCAUUCGCCGGCCGCCUCCUGUUGUACACUACCAACUCAACAACCUGAGCAGCAGUGCCAACCCCCAACAAAACAACGAAAAAAUCCUCAUUCUCACUCCCCUCGCCCGAUUCUACCAAGAGUACUGGGACAACCUCCUGGCCUUGAGCUACCCCCACGAGCACAUCAGUUUAGGCUUUAUCACACCGAAGACAAAAGAGGGGAACGCUGCAACUGCAGCAUUACAAGAAGCGAUCAAGAUCACACAGUCGGGGCCCGAGGAGAAACGUUUCCAAUCCGUCAUCAUCCUCCGUCAAGACUUUGAGCCGCCCAUUGCCUCACAAGACGAAAAGGAACGACAUAAAAUCGAGAAUCAAAAGGCUCGCCGGGCGGCCAUGGCCCGUGCAAGGAACAGUCUGCUCUUCACCACCAUCGGACCCUCUACAUCAUGGGUACUCUGGCUGGACUCGGACAUCGUCGAGACACCUCCAACGUUGAUUCAAGACCUAGCGAGUCACAACAAGCCUAUCAUUGUUCCUAACUGUUUCCAGCGGUACCUCAACGACAAGGGAGAGGCUAGUGUUCGACCGUAUGACUAUAACUCCUGGCGUGAUAGUGAUGUGGCACAAGAGUUGGCUUCCCAAAUGGGACCGGAUGACAUCUUGCUGGAAGGAUACGCUGAGAUGCCUACGUACAGAACAUUGAUGGCAAUGUUAGCGAAGACUGGUCCGGACAAGGACGAGCGUCGUCUGAUGCCUCUGGAUGGCGUCGGAGGCACCGCGCUGAUGGUGAAAGCAGAGGUCCAUAGAGAUGGGGCCAUGUUUCCUCCCUUCCCAUUCUACCAUCUCGUUGAGACGGAGGGUUUUGCCAAAAUGGCUCGCAGGCUCGGGUUUGAGUCUUGGGGCUUGCCUGAUUAUCUUGUGUAUCACUACAACGAGUAA